GAAUUAUUUUAUUAGGAAUUUUUCCAAGCAAGAUAUGCAGAGCUGUGUCAAUACUGGCGUCAAGCGGCACGCUUGACAAUGCGCUACUAUCGAUAGUUUUUGGCGCGCAAAAAGUGUGGCCACAACAACAGAUUCAAUGUUAUUUUCGCUGCUCUACACACUGUAAACAGAAAUUAGUGUUGUUUAACAAACAAACAUCAAAGUUUGUUGUUUACAAACUCAACAAAAAGGAAACUCCAUCAAAACAAUCAAGAACUCAAAACCAAAAACAAAGUAUAACAAAUGCAGUUAUCUUUGAAUAGAGACAACAAUAAUCGGGCUACUCAGAAAUAGAAAUCCUUAAAAUGAGCACUCGGCUUUGCGCCUAUAAGGAUUGCCAUAAUUUUUAUUAUCGGCAGGAUAACAGCGGCUGCGGCGACGUGACACUUUUUGCAUUCCCCAAGGAUUCGAAACGCGCCGAACAGUGGCGUGUGCUGGGUCAAGUGCAUCCAAAAAUUGGUCCCAAACAAUUAUAUAUGUGCUCCAUACAUUUUGAUGCCAAAUAUCUAUCUUUGAACAAGAAUCGUCGCAUUUUACUCGGCGAAGCUCUGCCGUUUCCCUACAGCGAGAGAAAAAAACCCGAGGAGAAUCCUGAACAAAUGACAGCCACAUCUUCUUCGACGGCACAGCAAAGCUAUUGCAUCAAUCCGGGUGCUAAGAAAACCCAGAUGGAAGAUGAUAGUCUCAAAGAGAGUAUAUCAACGACAUGCUCAUCUUCGCAGCAAAGCUUUUAUAUCAACAUGGACGAGGACGAUUUAAGCAUUGACAAACUUGUUAUGGUCGAGUCAACUACAACAGCUUCACAGACCAAGGAGAACGCAGAAACAGAUCUGUUCGACAAGAUUGAAUUGAGCAUUGUGCCGCCCGCCCGCAAACGCGCACGGCCGCCCACGCUAGAGCUAGAUGAGGAGGAGCCGGUGGCAGAUGAUGAUCAGCUUAUAGACGACUCUGAGGUAUCCAUAUUCAAGUUCAAGGGGGAGCAAUAUGUGCAAAUGUCCCGGGAAUAUUAUCUGCAAGAGAAACGCCAAUUGCUGGAACAGCUGCGCUCCUACAAACGGACGCUGGCCAAUAUUAAAAUGGAAUUAAUGCCGCUUAAGGAUAUAUGAGACGAUUAAACCAUAUUAUAUUUCUUAAAAGCC